CAACUGGUACGUCAUUUGAAUGACCUGCAUCCAGACUGUAUAAAACUUGCACUGACGCAAUUGAGUGACAGGUUCAGCAGUCAUGCGACAAUGCCGAAGAAUUGUGCUUGCAGUGGACAGAACCAUCUUAUCCCUUACCAAAGCAAUAUCCAAGGGGACGGGACAGGCGACGUGAGAAGGCAAUGUUUACAUACAGACAGUUACUACAAAGGUAUCUACGACCAGUUUUACCCAGACAACGGAAACAACGCCCCUUCAUGUAGAACACAUCACUCACUUUGGUAUAACCUUUCCCGGGUGAGCACAGCAGUUAUUGCCGGUGAUAGCACAACCAGCUGCCUUAUCGACAUUGUAUACCAUCUUAACUUGGCUGGAGAUAUGGACGGCUGUCGUCGACACGACAACGACUACGAAAGCAAAACUCAUCAAUAG